UCUUUCAUGGCGAGCAGAGCUGCUGAUCCGUUCACACUCGCUAUUCUCAAUUUCACUCGCCCAUCAGAUCAUAUCUCUGCGGGAAAAAGAUGGAGUUCGAGAAGAUCAAGGUGGCCAACCCCGUUGUUGAAAUGGAUGGAGACGAAAUGACUCGAGUUAUCUGGAAAUUCAUCAAAGACAAGCUUAUUUUCCCUUUCCUGGAGCUGGAUAUCAAAUACUUUGAUCUUGGACUGCCUAACCGUGAUUCCACUGAUGAUAAGGUUACUGUCGAGAGUGCUGAAGCUACUUUAAAGUAUAACGUGGCUAUUAAGUGUGCCACGAUUACUCCUGAUGAAGCUCGUGUUAGAGAGUUCGGGUUAAAGAAAAUGUGGAGGAGUCCCAACGGAACUAUAAGGAACAUUUUAAACGGCACGGUUUUCAGGGAGCCUAUCAUUUGCAGAAACAUCCCUCGUAUUGUUUCAGGAUGGACGAAGCCAAUCUGUAUUGGAAGACAUGCGUUUGGUGAUCAGUAUAGAGCCACUGAUAUCAUUGUCAAUGAGCCAGGAAAACUAAAACUGGUUUUCGAUUCAAGGAUAUAUUCCAAGAAGUUUAUGAAACUAAUUGGAGAUCCAAGUAUGAAGCUGCAGGGAUAUGGUAUGAACAUCGUUUGAUAGAUGAUAUGGUUGCGUAUGCCAUGAAGAGUGACGGAGGUUACGUCUGGGCAUGCAAGAACUACGAUGGAGAUGUACAGAGCGAUUUCUUAGCCCAAG